AUGUGUAAGAAAGUUUUGCAUAAAAGUAAAUCGAGGAGCAGAGAGAUGCCUAAAAAUGCACAUUUCACAGUUCGAAGGGAAAUGAUUGGAGGAAUGGAGCAGAUUCUAAUGGGGGAUGAUAAUGUUACAGUGGAGUUGACAGAAGAGUGUAAUUUCUGGGAAAGCGAAGUGAAUCAAAUAAAAAAAUGUAGUCAAGUUCAAGGAAAAAAAGUAACCUACUACGACUCGAGGAGCGUAUUCAACUUCAUAUUCUUCAACUGGACGAGAAAAUGGAUAGGAGUGUUGGCAGGGGAAUACCUGGACCCGUACAAGCUGCACCCGCUACCGAAAAAUGAUCAAAUACUGUACUGGCAGCCAGUGUUCUCAAAGUACGUGAGCGACAAGCUGAUGGAGCUGGAAAGAGAAGAGUACGAAAGUAGCAAGAAAGGAAAAAUGUACAAACCCAGGAAGCUGAUCAUCGUGAGAGCGAUCCUGUACACAUUCUGGAAGAGAAUACUCCUGGCAACAAUAGGAAUGGUGGUGAUGAACAUAAUGAGCAUGAGCAUAGCAAUCCUGAUGAGCAGCCUGCUGAAGCAGAUGACCUCGGAGCACUCGCACUUCAGGCUCAUCGUGAUGUUGGACUACUCGCUGGGAAUCACGCUCUUCCAGCACGCACUGUGCCUGCGAAGAAACUACGCGAACAAGGCGGAGGGCCAGAGCUGCAACAACGCAGUGCACUGGAGCUCGGAGGGGUCGAAGUGCUCAGAAAACCCGCUGCUAUGCCCAGCAAGGCGCCACAAGAACAUGGAGAUCACGCCGAAGGUGUACUCGUACAAGUUCGUCGACUGCUACUACGUGACGCUGAUAUUCGACACCAUGACGGACAUCGUCACCUUCCUGACGAACUUCAUCUACGGAAUCAUCCUGAUACACGUGAAGAUGAAGCUGAAGAUAUGGACGGUCUUCAUAGUAUCAGUGGGCCUGCUGGCAUUCAUGAUCCUGGUGGAGAUAGGGAACAGCUUCCUGCUAAACAAGUCCUUUGAAAUCAUAACGAGCUUUAAGCUGAUACAGUCGCUGACGCUGGAGGACCUGGCGGACAACAUGAUCACGGACACGCGCAACGACGAGCUGACGCUGGUGGUCUACAGGUUCUUCCUCUCGCUGAUCAACAAGAUACUCUACUCAGUCUGCGUGACGUGCGCGAUCCUGAUCAUCAUCAAGGACUUCGUGGAGCAGCUGAAGAGGACGCAGGACGUGAAGUCGAUCGACGCGUCCUCGAUCAUAACGCUGCUCUUCAUCCUGCUGAAGAUAAUAGACCCGAUGUACCUGCUGCCGCUGGCGCUGAGGCUGCUGAUCAUAGUGAUCAACUCGUACAACCGCCUGGAGUUCUACAUCAGGUCGUGCUCGCCGAACUACUACCAGUACGACAAGUUCCUGGUGAACCCGCAGAUACACCGGAGGUCGAUGAAGAAUAGCCUGGGCCACCUGAACAGAGAGUUCAUGAGCUACGUGCACAGAAUAAGCGACGGAAAGAUGAUGCACAGCCUGGCAAACUCAGUGAUAAGGUUCCAAAAGGCCUCCUUCAGCUGGGUCUACAGCAGAGAGGACGCGCUGACGAAGAACAAGGCUUACCUAGAUGAAAUAGACUUCACGCUCGCGAGAGGAGAGAUAGCAAUAGUGACGGGGUCGCAGGGAAGCGGGAAGACGAACUUCGUGAAGGCGGUGCUGGGAGAGAUGACGCUGGUCGGGGGCUCGAUGUUCGUGUUCCCGCUGAGCAAGUCGAUACCGGUGUUCUACGCGUCGCAGGAGGUCUGGCUGAAGAGCGGAACAAUAAGGUCGAACAUAGUCUUCGGACACAUCUUCGACGAAAAAAUAUACGAGGACGUGGUUAGAGCAAUAGAGCUGGAGACGGACAUGGCGAACUGGGAGGACGGAGACCUAAGAGUUAUUUCAGAGAGCGGCUACGGGCUCAGCGGAGGACAGAGAGUGCGAGUGGAGUUCGCGAGAGCAGUGUACGCAUACAUGAUCUACAGCAAGGUGAGAAGAGAGUACGCGAAGCCAGGCUCCUUCCUGAUGUGCCUCGACUCGAUAUUCGUGGGCCUGGACCCGUUCGUGGGAGGAAACAUAUUCAACAACCUGUUCAACAACAAAAACGGUCUGCUGGUGACCUCGGACCUGUCAGUGGUGUUAACGGCCUCGAAAAGGUCCCUGGAAACGUGCCUGGCGACUUCGUCUCCGGAGUCCUUCGGAGAAAUAAAGAUAUACUCGCUGAAGAACAAUAGGCUGAGGUACAUGAACGACCUGAAGGGAUUCAUAAAGAGAACAAUCACGGAUAAGGAGGACGGGGAGAUGUAUAAGAGGUGUAAGUCUACGGAUUUUGAAAGGCUGGGCAGAAGAAGCAUAAUAAGAGAAAAGUACGGAGAGAAGAAGACCAUAGUCUUCGGGCCGCUGUUAAUGUACAUCAAGUCCGCAGGAAGGCCGUUCUACGCGUUCCUGCUCAUGCUGAUAGUGUGCACAGUGCUGGACAAAACGAGGUACAUCAUGGCCUCGAGGCUGUCGAACUUCGUUAAUGACCAGAUCAAGGACCUGGCGAGCUACGCUGACAACACGCUGAAGUGCGAGAAGACGCACUCCCAGAUAAAGGAGUACAGCACGAAGUCGUUUAACCGGAUCCUGUGGCUCUCAGUGCUGGUGAUAGUGGCCUGCGUGUCAGUGGUGCUGCUGAUGACGCUGGUGUCGUUCCUGGCCUCGCUGAAAAUACACGAGUACUCGCUGGACUCGGCGCUGCACAAGUCGUCGAUGCACGUGAAGGUGAAGAGGUACGUGUCGGACAUAAUCACAUUUCUGUCCUGCGAUACGCUGUACAUAGACAAGGCGCUGGGCUACUACCUGUACGAUGCGUUCGUGCUUCUGGUCGAGACGUUCAUCCACAUGAUCAUGCUGAUAUACCUGGUGCCGACCUCGUUCUUCUUCGUCCUCUUCGCGUCCUUCCUGAUGGUGCGCUUCCCAGUUAUGUGGUUCAUCAAGGCGCUGACGAACAUAAGGUUCGCGUACAUGGCCUCGAUCAACAAGAUUAACUGCGUUCUCAACGACUCGAUAUCAGGGUCGCUGAACUACAGAAGCUACAGAAAGGAGGAGGACCUGGUGAGCGAGUUCGUGGAGCACUCGGACUACAACGCAAGGUGCAGGUUCAUGGAGAGAGCCUCGUACACGUGGACCUCGGUGGUGUGCAGGUGCAUAUUCUCGGGAAUGAUAUUCUUCGUGAUCCUGACGCCGCUGACGAUAUCGACGGUGACGAGCUACAACAUCAAGAUAGGCUACUACGGGCUGGCCUUCUCGUUCAGCCUGAACUUCACGAACAGGUUCUCGAAGCUGCUGAGAAUAUACACGAGGCUCCAGCUGUACCUGUGCUCUGUGAAGAGGUUCGAAAACUUCAUACCCUCUAACGAAAAGCUGGAAUUUAGCAGAAUGAAAAACAUAUACCUGGAAAACAUAAUAGUGACGGGAGCACAGCAAGACGCUAGGGAGGAACCCGGGAAGGGAGAAGGCAAGCCGGGUCUGUCGAAAGAGAACACACUGAGCGUCGACAGCAUGGUCCUGAUAGACGACGACGACCUGUUCAACUGCGAAGACGCGACUAAGCUGAAGAACAAGUACCUGCAGAGAAGAAAAAGAGAGUUCUAUCAAGUGAGGAGUAGAAUGUCAGUGCGAUCGCUGCUGUUUAAGCCCGUGAUUAAAAUAAUCGACGUCACGGAGUACGUGGACCACUACCACAAGGGAGUGAAGCUGAAGGGAGUGUACGUGUUGGCGAACCCAACGAAGAGUUUAUCGCAGAAGCCAGAGGAGCUGGCAAACAUAGUAAAAACAGAGCAGGUGGAGCUGAAGGAAGUCAAGGUGGAGGGAAAAGGGGAGCCUGAAGUGAUAGACCUGAAGGACGAGCAGUUGAAAAAGAGGUUAAUACUGUCGGACAUCAACCAGGAGGCGUUCAGGUCUCACAUAAUAGGAGUAGUGGGAAGGACAGGAGCAGGAAAGACGACGCUGCUGUCAGUGCUGCUAAACACAGCGAAGGUGAGAAAGGGCUCGGUGCUGCUCGACGGAGUGGACCUCAACGACAUACCGAAGGCAGUGCUCAGGCAAAUCGUGGGAGUGCUGCCGCAACUGCCCUUCGUGUUCAGAGGAUGGACGAUAAGGACCUUCCUGGACCCUAGGAAGCUCUUCUCAGACGGGCAGAUCUACGAGGCGCUCAAAAUGUGCGGACUCAUCGAAUUCGUGCAGGACUUGGCGGAGCAGCCGCUGGACCUGGUGAUACUGCCGGAUAACUUGACGUCGACGAUGGACGCGAAGAUAGCGCUCUCGAACACGCAAAUGAGGACGCUGAUGUUCGCAAGACUGAUGCUCUACAGGAAGUUCUACAGAAUCAUACUGAUCGACGAGCCGCCUUCGGACAACUGCUCUGAAGACCAGACGCCAGGAGCGACCCCGAGAUCAGGAGCGGCCCCGGAGUCGCAGGACUCGAAGGGCUCAGAAAUAGGCCUCCCAGUGUACAAGCUGCUGAAGGACUACUUCACACACUGCACGACCUUCAUAGCGGCCCACGACGUGAACGCUCUGAAGGCGUGCACGAAGCUGUGGAUUCUGAGCAGAGGCAACCUGGUGAUGACCUGCGAUCGAGAGCAGAUGCUCCACGACGACUCGCUGUCGAGACUAAUACAAGAGUGUAUGGACCCGUGA